UUUCCUUUUCAACCAAUAGCCGUUUUAAGAAUCGUUCGUUCUCAAUUUUAUUUCUCAACCUUUUCUUCUCUCAUUUUCAUCCUCUUAUAAUCAUCGCCAUAAUCAUUACUACCACCUUCUUUUUCCUUCUUUUAAUUCCUCCCAAUCUACUCUCCUAAUCCCAAUCCCAAUCCUAAUCUAAAUGUCAACUCUAAGUGUUCUCAGAUACUCGGUCCUAGGUGCUGGCAUCCUCUACGGUUUUACCCACGACAGAUCUCUCCAAAAUACUGCCGCAAAAUCAAAAGCUGAUCAUGACUAUGCUAAACAAGAAAAAUUAAUUCAACAAGCAAAAGACGCCUACAUCAAAUCGAAACAACAACCCCUACAAUCAACCGCACAAUCUCCCCAAUUAUCAAAUAUCAACCUAGAUGAUCCAAAAGCUGAUUUUGCUCAAUUGAUUCUCUCCUCCGUCGAAUCUUUAAAAUAACUAUAACUAUAAUUAUUUUAUUUCAUAUUUCAAUAAAUAAAUAAACAUAUUUACUACAACUACUCACUCCUUCUCAUGUUCAACUAUUGAAUUAUAAUCUACAAAGAAAUCAAUAUUCUUCUUUCAAUCACUUACCCACUUACCUCUUAUUUAAUUAUUUCAUUUCAUUGGAUUUGAUUAUUUUUUUUGGCUUCUCAGUUGUUUUUUUUAUCCUUUACUUUUAAAAUUUUUCUUAUUUU